CAUGACUUGCACUCGAUCCAAAAUGGCAGACAAUUUCUGAAUUUUUUGGGUUGGGCCAACUAAUGUUCACAUUCCUGAGUAAUCAACGUAUCGAAUCAUCGAUAUAUCACCUUCAGUCGAAAGCUUCAAUACCCAGUACUUCAUUUCAAUCAUAGAAUUGGGCAGAAAGGAACGAGGACCAAAACGAUCGUCACAAAAGUUCAAUGCCUACCCAGAAUAUGACGGACAUAAUAGAUAACAACAUUCGUAUGAGGGCCGUCUAUGGCGGUGAUGUCAUGGUGACCACGCUUGAGCCUGGAAUGAUGUACGAGGACCUUGUCACCGAGAUCAGGGAGAUCUGUAAAUUCACUGCUGACCAACCGUUCACGAUGAAGUGGGUCGAUGAGGAAGGUGACCCUUGCACGAUCUCGUCACAGUUAGAAUUUGAUGAGGCGGUACGUCUGUAUGAGGUAAACCGUGAUUCAGAACUUAGUGUACAUGUGUUUCCCAAUGUGCCACAGCAGCCAGGGCUCACAUGUGCUGGCGAAGACCGGAACAUGUAUCGCAGAGGUGCUAGAAGGUGGCGCAAGUUGUACCGUGUGAACGGACAUCUUUUCCAAGCUAAGCGGUUUAGUCGGAGGGCAUUUUGUGCUUACUGCCAGGAUCGAAUCUGGGGAUUAGGUCGCCAGGGUUAUAAGUGUGUUAACUGUAAACUCCUCGUACACAAGAAGUGUCACAGACUUGUCAAGCUGCCCUGUGGAACUACUUAUGAGCCCAAUGUCAACACGAGCUCCAUGUCCAGUCCUGAGGCAACAGAAUCAAACGGAGACAACACGGUUACCAGAAAUCUAGAAUUUGACUCGGAACUUAGUCGAGAGCACGAGGUUGAAGAAUAUCAGAAUGUGAAAGUAGAGCCAGUAUCCUCGGGUGACAACAACUCGCUUGGGUUGAAGGACUUUGAGCUUUUGCGGGUGAUCGGCCGGGGAAGCUAUGCCAAGGUGCUGCAGGUCGAAUUGAAGAAAACACGACGAAUCUACGCCAUGAAAGUCAUCAAGAAAGAACUGGUCAACGAUGACGACGACAUUGACUGGGUGCAAACAGAGAAACAUGUGUUCGAGACAGCGUCCAAUCAUCCAUUUCUGGUUGGACUCCAUUCCUGCUUCCAAACAGCUAGUCGUUUGUUCUUUGUGAUAGAGUUUGUGAAUGGGGGUGACCUGAUGUUCCACAUGCAGAGACAGCGCAGACUACCUGAGGAUCACGCACGUUUCUAUUCUGCAGAGAUCAUAUUGGCACUCAACUUUCUUCACGAGAGAGGUAUUGUGUAUAGAGAUCUGAAAUUGGACAAUGUUCUCUUAGACUCCGAGGGCCACAUCAAACUGACAGAUUAUGGCAUGUGUAAGGAGGGUAUCCGACCCGGUGAUACAACGAGUACUUUCUGCGGCACACCAAAUUACAUAGCUCCAGAGAUAUUACGAGGCGAAGACUAUGGUUUCAGUGUUGAUUGGUGGGCGCUUGGUGUGUUAAUGUUUGAGAUGUUGGCAGGAAGGUCACCAUUUGAUAUCCUCGUGGACAACCCUGAUCAAAAUACGGAGGACUUCCUCUUCCAAAUUAUUCUUGAAAAAACGAUUCGUAUUCCAAGAUCUGUCUCAGUCAAAGCGGGCUCCAUACUGAAAGGAUUCCUGAACAAGACACCCACUGAAAGGUUAGGCUGUCACCCUCAGACCGGCUUCGCUGACAUUCAAUCACACCCAUUCUUCCGAAGUAUAAACUGGGAAAUGUUGGAGAACAAACAGAUCCCACCUCCAUACAAACCAACUGUCAGAGACGAGAGAGACCUCGAACACUUUGACCCACAAUUCACCAACGAACCAGUACAGCUCACACCUGAUAACCCGAAAAUUAUUGCGAAGAUCGACCAGUCUGAAUUUGAUGGUUUCGAAUAUGUGAAUCCGUUACUCAUGUCGAUUGAGGAAUGUGUGUAGGUCUGUAGACUGAUUUAACUUGGGACAUGUCUACUUAAGAGAUAUGAGGAUGAAUGCAACAGGUUUAUUCAUGAGAGAGGUGGAAGCCUGGAAUGAGUACUGAGGCUGGUGUUUGCAGUGUGGUGUAAUGCAGUUAAUCACAGUCUACUUAGAGUGAUGUUCGUGAAACAUAAUCUGAAAUCUCAUGUCUGUAUCCCUGUUAAAUAUGGAUCAAGAAUCAGGGGUGGAUCCACGAGCCAGAAAAAGAGUGGGGGUGUACAACAUUUCUUAUGUAAAGUUCUGGUUAAUAUUAUGGUCAAUUUCAAAGAUUUAUCUUAAAUAAGGGGGAGCAUCUGGUGUGCCCCCCUUUGGAUCUGCCCCUGAGAAUCAAUAGUCAUAAUCAGUUCUUGAUGGAGUAAUAUGUGCUUAACAGUAAUGUCUUUGAACAGUGUGCCUUAUAUAGCAUUAUAGAAUUGUACCUUGCAAGUAUUUCACCACCCUAAAUAUCAGUUUCCAAGCUUGUCGAGAAUCAGGCAAGCCUUCCAACUUGCCUGUCCCAGGAAGAGAGAAGUUUUGAUGAUGUUGGAAAACAUAUGUGUUGUUGGAGUCUUCCAACAAAAUAACAUUGUGUUCAUCUGGCAAUGUGGUUCUUGCUGGAGGAAGGAUGCAAAGAAUCUUGACCCUGGAAUAGAAAAAUUGGGGAAAAGACCCGAAGAGAUGCUUAGUGGAUUAUGAACAAUUGUACGCAGUCAAAACAAAAAGGCCCCCUGAACGCCUCUUGCUUUUACAAUCUUUUGUUAUGUUUGCCAAGUUAGUGUUGAAUGUACUUACUCUCAAGAGUAUGUCUGCUAAGCUCGAUGUCAGUUGGGCAAAUCAAAAAUGUGCCAACUAUAAUAAAAUAUGAAAUAACUAAUAUACCUUUAUGAUGUAAUCAGUAUGAUACUAUGUGUUACAAAAUGUAUUUGACACUUUCGGUUUCUUAUAUCUCCAAUGACUUUAUUCAGAAAGUGUGAUGCUAGGCUCGGUCUAGGAGGCCCCUGUUUAAAAGAAAAUUGUUGAAAUUGAUUGAGGUAAUCUCUUAAUUUGUCAACAAAUUGACAAUAAAUACAGUUGUACACAGGCAAAAAUGUCCAUCCAUGUAUCUGUGAUGGAGAAUCUCCUCAACAAAUCCAUCCAUGUUCCAUUUAAAGAUCCUUGGACAGAACCUGAUGGUCAUAACAUGGGCUCAUCAUUGAUCCAUGAAUGGAAAACUAGUUUGAAACAAAUACAUACAUUGUAAUACCAAAAUGAGAAAAUAAUGUGUAGAUUUCAUCCAUUUGUAAAACGGUGAUAUUGUGCACUUACUGUACUGUAUUUGGGGUAAAGGUCAUGUUCUUGGUGAGUUUUAUUCUGUGGAAAUGUUAAGUAAAUUUGUAACGAAUGUCUUGUCUGCAAAACACUCAAAUGGAGAGUGUGUUCUAUCGAUAAUUCCCCAAGUGAACAAUUUGGGCUGGGAUGGUAAAGGGCUUUACACAUCCGACCAAAAAAUUGGUCAAUCAGAGUAAAAGGGUUAAUUCAGAAUUAUUGCUUGAUUAGCUCGAGUUGAUUAGUUAGGAAAUAUUUUAUAUGCAACGUAUUCCAAGCUUAUAUAACAACAUAUCAGUCACUUCACAGCUUCAUUCCAUAUUUACCCAUUUAUAAUAUUUUGCAUAAGAAAGUAAUCUUUUUCAGUAAUAAAGAAAUAUUUAAGUCUUCAUUGUGGAAGAUUAUGUUGAAAAUAAACAUGAUCAAUGUACAUGUGA